CUCUCUCUCUCCCCUCCAACAAGCUCCUUCAAAUCCCUUUUCCAGACAUCUCGUUAAAAUUUUGAAUCGAAUUCUUGAUUUUGGUUUUGAAUCAGUAAAGGGUCCCAAUGUGGCAAAUUAUUGUAGCAGCUGCAGCAGCAGCAGGAUCAGGAAUUCUGGCAAAGAAAUUGAUGCACACUAAUGAAGUUGAAAAGCCCAAUGAAAAAGAAGUUCAAUCUCCUCAUCAACCUCAGCCAGAGGAUUCAGACAAGAAACAGGUUACAGGUGAAGAAGAUGGGAAGAUCUUCAGAUUCUCCAGUCCCCAAACAGGGAAUAAGGGCUUGAAGAAGAAAGUUUGGAGUGGAUACAAAGGGGUUAAGAGGGGACAAAGAAUUGUUGGUGAGAAACAUUCUACUUCAGGGGCGGAUCAGACAGUCUCUGCCCCUGGGAAGAAAGUCUCUGUUUGUUUGAAGAAGAGAAGAACUGCUAAGAUUGCAUCUGGGAAAUGUGAAUCUUGUGCUUCAAAAGAUAAUUCUUUUGGUUGGGGAGUUGGGCUCGGACUAAUGUACAUGAUGUCGGCUGGAAAAGCUGAAAUUAGUAGAUUGAACUCGGCGAUGGAGGAGACCGGAAAGGUUGUACAAGAGCUAAAGGCUGAGAUUUCAAGAAGGAGAAGCUUAUGUAAUAAAGAUACUGAAUAUGAAGCUGGAGCAGAUGCAAAAAGCUCCAUAAAUAAAUGUACAGUGCCAUCAUUCGGUCCCUAUGUUGAAGUCGGCGAAUGUGGCAGCAGUGGUGUAACAGAAGACCAGCAGCCUAAGUUACCGGAAAUGGAUUGGUUGGAAGCAGAGCUUGAAUCGGAAAUACAAAAGCUCCCAUGGUGUACUCAAGAUGGCUUUGAUUCGGAAGGAAGAGCUAAUGCUGUUGAGGCAAAAGGCUUGACGAAAAAACCACAGCAGGAGGACUACUCGGGCUCAAAUUUGUACCAAUACAACAAAGGAGUAUUGCCUACGGAACUGGAUAACAAAUUGUGCCACGUGCUCAUCGAGCAACAGGAAAGCCAAAUAGCUGAACUGGAGACAGAGUUGCAUCAGGCAACUUCAAGACUCCAUGAGAAAGAAUCAGAGCUUGAGUCGCUCAAGAAUUGCGUCAAACGUCUCAGUGAAUUCUCAUUAGCUAGUGUCACCUCAGAUGAAGAAAACGAGAACAAGGAAGAUGUGAGAGGAAGCGAUGAGGCCGAAAGGGCAACAAGGGAUGAACCUACAAAAGUAACGGUUGGGAUGAAGCGAGCAAUGGGGGUGUGAUCCACAACAAUGUUCUUGUUCAACAAGUGCAAAGGAACUGAUUUACAUCUAUGAAUCUUGAAUUGUAAGUAUGAAGUAAGUUUACUCUUGAUGCAGAGGUUGAACAUCAAGCGGAUCACUGAUACUUUGAGUUUUACAUACAGACCAUAAGUUAAUUGAUUAUCUGUAUAUAUUAGUUUAAUAUAUGCUACGGGGGAGCCUAAGAUUAUUUGGAUCA